AUGGAUUUGAAUUCAUUAUUUAAUGUUAAAGAUAAAAUUGUAUUGAUUACAGGAGGAUCCAGAGGGAUCGGACUUAUGAUAGCAACAGGAUUUAUAGCUAAUGGGGCAAAAGUUUAUAUUUCUUCAAGAAGCAUGGAUACUUGUGAUAAGGUUGCUAAAGAAUUAUCUGAUAAAGGUCCAGGAAAAGCUGUUAGUAUACCGGCAAAUUUACAACAUUUAAAUGAAGUCAAACGAUUAGCUAAUGAAAUUAAAAAACGUGAAGGAACUGCAUCACCAAAAGAUCCGGCAAGGGUAAUUAAUAUUGGAUCAAUUGCCGGUUUGGCAAUACCAUUCAAAGAAGGAUAUGCAUAUUCAACUUCCAAAGCAGCUUUACAUCAUUUAACAAAAGUAAUGGCGGGACAAUUAUCAAAUCGUCAAAUUACAUUUAAUAAUAUUGCACCUGGACCUUAUCUAUCAAAAAUGUCGGCUAAAACAUUGAACGAUCAUGGCGAAAUAAUUAGAUUAGAAGUGCCUUUAGGUAGAAUUGGAGCAGCUGAAGAUAUUGCCGGUACCGCGAUUUAUUUAUCUAGUAAGGCUGGCGCUUUUACUAAUGGUGCUACUAUUACAGUUGAUGGCGUUGCCAAAGUAUCAAUGAUAAAUGUAACCAAUUCACCCCAAAGAGGCAUUAAUGACGCGAAAUUAACCAAUCCUUUGCCUCCAACUUCUUUACUAAGUAAUUUCAUUGCAACAUGUUUAUUUAUAGAUCUUAAAGCAUGUCGGGAAAUUGAUCUUUACGCAUGA